AUGGAGAAUUAUAGUCGCUUUACGGACCCGAAAUUAUCUGCCAUUUAUGAAAAAGUCAAGGCAGAACAACGACUCUCCUUUGAAGAGGGGGUCGUGCUUUAUGAAAGCCCGGAUAUUACAGGGGUUGGAUUUAUAGCGAAUCAUGCCCGUGAACGUCUAAAUGGAAACGUCGCUUACUAUAACAUCAACCAGCAUAUUGAUUAUUCAAAUGUCUGUAUUCUACACGCUCGGUGCCAUUUUUGUGCUUUUGCCCGAAAGAAUAUGCAAACGGAAGGGGCAUGGGAAAUGAGUGUUGAUGAAUUCUUGGACAAGGCGAUGUAUUCUAUAGAGCACGGAUGCACUGAGAUUCAUAGUGUGGGUGGAUUACACCCUAAAUUGCCUUUCGAUUACUACUUAGACAUCAUCCGCGGGCUCAAGGAACGGAUGCCACAAGUACACCUCAAAUUCUUCACUGCUGUUGAAAUUCAUCACUUUUCGCGUAUCUUUAAAAUGUCGAUGGAAGAAGUUUUGACGGAAUUACGGGAGGCGGGUUUGGAUUCGUUACCCGGGGGUGGUGCUGAAGUAUUUGCGGAAGAAACGCGCGAGAAGAUUUGCCCGGGAAAACUGAGUGCAGAAGGAUGGCUGGAGGUUCACGACAUCGCACAUCGUCUCGGUAUUCCGACGAAUGCAACGAUGCUUUACGGGCACCUUGAGACAAACGCGGAUAGAGUAGAUCAUUUCAUUCGGUUGCGGGAGCAACAGGAUAAAUCCGGUGGUUUCGCGACGUUCAUCCCACUUGCGUUUCAUCCCGCCAACACUCGCAUGGCGUAUCUACCCUCAACGACGGGUUUGACCGAUCUUCGAAACAUCGCCGUUGCACGCUUGAUGCUCGAUAACCUACCACACAUUAAAGUUUACUGGAUUAUGACCGGUUGA